AUGCCUCCGAUGACGCUUUGUGUGGUCAGGACUGUUUUGAUGUAGUUCGGUAACAUGUUAGAAGGGACGUUUUGCUGUUAAAUCAUCACCAGAAGCGUGUUUUUGUGAAUGUUUCGUAUUUCCCGGUACGGCUGUUUAUACAUGAAAACUCCAAAUAACUUGACUUAUAGAAAUGUUCGCAUUUGUUUUACACUAGCAUUGUAUGCUACUGUUUUUAGCCCUAGCCAGCUGGCAUGGCGUGAAUUCGGCAAACCCGAAGGACCAAUGUCAAGAAUGCGUCGAGCUAACUAACGUGGUCGGGACGAGCCGAGAUGGACGCCCCAUCCCCCCAGAGAGAUUUCUAGCGGUGACACCAGCGACUCCGGUCCGCCACAUCCUGGCCCCGCAACAACACAAACCGUGGCUCUCCUUCUUUUCUAUGACACAUCCAAUUUAUGCCCCGCUAGAUUCGGUAGAAUCGCUGUUGGACGAACUCCCAUAUAUGUUUUAUCUGGGCCUGUUCUUUGUGAACGUCCUGAUCCUCUAUUAUGCCUUUCUAAUGGAGUACAUCGUCCUGAAUGUGGGGAUAGUAUUUCUUCCCGAGGAUAUGGACCAGGCGCUGGUGGACCUCGGGGUGCUGUCCGAUCCGGCCUCUGUCCCUUAUGACACGGACACGGAGCUGGAUGUGUUUGAGGGGUAUCUUGAGUGACACGGCGGUCCUGGAGGAAGAAAAAGAAAUUCGAGUGGUGGUGGUGAAGAUGCAGAGGUCCGGGACGGACUGGACCAGCGUAAACACUCCCUGGUCAUUCAUGUGGCGAAAAAGUCGCUCAAAGCGGAUGCUGUUGCUGCCUUUUUCCCACACAGACGCAUCAGUGAAAAAAUAAGCAGAGCACACAAGACAUGUACAAUAUUAUGGACUACACGAUCCAGUGGUUCCCUCACAGAAAAUAACAUGGGGUGCAGCUGAUACAAAGAGGAGGUUUUGGUCAUUUUAAAUAUGAUUUUCAUCCACAAAACUCCCCCUUUUUUUAUGAUAUGUUGUAACAUAAGCUGUAUGAAAUGUUUUGGACAUGAUCUUCUGUCUUUUUUUGUGUUUUGUCUGCAGCUCUAGGUUCUCUGGGCUCAAAACAAAGGUAGCCUGAGGAAGAGAUUCAGCACCGCCGCCCACAUGAUCAGCACUUGUCCCGUGGGAGGAGGAAGAGCUCUCUACAGUGGCUCAGCUGUCGGGUCAGUUUGUUGCCAUCCUAAUCGCGAUUGGCUGGUCGCACACCAUGGGGUUAGCACUGGCAUCUGUGUCCUUGACUGUGGACACAAUGAAAGAUGAAAAGGAAGCACAAUGUGCUCUCAAGUGGAAGGAGGCAGCUGUUCCCUGCAGAUGGGAAACAAAUGUUACCAGUGAUGUGCAGCAUGACUCAGGUCGUCUGCAUUGCAGCCAGUUCAGUUAAAGUAGUCCGACAUGACUUGGCCUUUUCUGCCCAGGCUGUGCAGGAACCGGUGGUCGACGGCUGAAGGAAGUGACAUUUUGGUAAAACAAUGUCCACUGUAGGUCUGUUGCAUACUCAAUCAUCGACAGUACCACUAGUUUCAUUCUUCUGUUAGCAGUUUUCAGAAUGCAUUGCUACUCUGCAAGCUCAGGCAUCCUUACGACGUAAUUCAGAAUGUGUCUUUUGAGGUCGCCCAUGCUGUAUGUCUGCUUCAAGGAUGUACACACUCUCAGGAGCACAGCUUGAACUCUGGGUGCACUGACACUGAACACAGGCUGUCAAACUGUGAGAUAUAGGAGAGCGCUAAUCUUUUCAAGCUCCCUUAUGAAUCAGAAACACCACACUUCACUGUAAUGCAGAAAGUAUUAUUUAUUUGAUACAGUAAGCCCUCUGAUGAUCUAUACCACAUUAGUAAAUGGGGUCUCAUGCACAUGUCAUUUUUUCCACGUAGAAGUUGGCAGCAGUCAUGUUGACAGCUGUGAUCAUCUGUCUGUGUUUUCAGUGAGAGUCGUGUCAAAGGAAACAGAAUCCCAGAAGAUGUGCGUCACAUAUUUUACUUUUUAUCCCAUAUUUCUUUAUUUGUUUUAAUGUUACAGAUGUGUGUUAGACACAUGAAGAAAAGACUCAACGCAUGAUAUCGGUUGUGUGUUUAAAGAAAUGGUUUAGUUGAAAAGAUUCUGUUUUAUCCUUCUGUUCAGUUCAUGGAUUUAGAAUUCAGUUAAGAUGUAUAUUCUUGGCAGCAAUAAUAAACAUGAUUCAAGCAAUGAGGCUGUAAGCCUUGAAGGUACUGUACAUACUGUAGGUCGGUGAAGAGCACCUAUAGUCCAGCUAAUUAACUCAACAUUGGUUUUAGAGGCAAUACAGAGGAACCAGUAUUUUUUUUUUCACUGCAAACAGCACCAGAAUAAGCAAACUGUGCACAAUAAUCAUAGCAAUGUGGUUGUUGUCCAUCAAAUAACUGAAGUCGUAGACACAAAAGACCUUUCAAAAAUAUUUGCUCACGCACGCUUCACACUCUAAACAAGCUUUAGUCCAGAAUGUACUACUCUGUCAGUGUACAUGAACGUUACAUUCUGCUGGACAACCUUUCACUGAGAUGGUGUUUCACCGACACUUUGCCACACUCAAUAUUACCAGAUCAUUGUUCACAGCCACGUCGCCUCAUGAUUUCAAAAGAAACGUCUGUGUUGCAACUCAAGAACAGCGACGUUAAUGAUUCUGUCAAGAACAUUAAUGACGGCACAGUUUAGUAUGAACAGACGAUGAGAUUUACCUUUUUAAACCUGAUACGUUGUGCCAUGCAAGACUGAGUUCAUGCUGGAGUUCAUCCAGUGUUGGUUAAGAAUUGCUGAUAACCAAAUGAUUUCUUCUCAUUGGAUCAAGGCUGCCAGUAUUAAAUAUUUUGAGGUGACAUGUACAAUGUUUGGAUUGUUGUUCAUGCGUUUGUAUGAAUCAGUGUGACUACUGACAGGAUAACCAUUCAUCUGAAGCAGCAUUUAGAUCACGUGACGCUAAAGCUCAGGAUACUAAUAUUCAUGAAGUAUUGUGAAACAUGUUUGUAUGGAGUUUGAUCAAAAGUCAAUGAAUGGAUAACAGGAAAGGUCUUACUGUUGAUGAACAGUGUGUGUAAGCGAGCACUCUGGAGGUGGAGGGCAUUAACAGGCUGAUGUCAGUACGAUGAGUUGGGUAGUUCAAAUAAUAAAGUCGCUGCCGAAAGUCUGAAAAACAAAAAGAAAACGUGGAGGACACUAGUUUUGUGUACAAACUGUUCAUGGACCGCUGGUGUUGGCUGCAGGUAUCUGACUGCUUGUGCUAUUUCCCAGCAUGAUACACUGUGCUCGUCAGGUUCUGAUCAACUUCAGUGGAAACCUACGAGACUUCACUUGGACUGUGACGGAUCAUCUACAUACAGUGCUUGUGUCACCCCUCCACAUCUGCUUCUUUGCAGACAUGCACAUUCUGUAAUAAGCUAUGGAUCGUAACAGAGAUUUAUUUUCCGAUGUGUAUUUAAUAAACUUUGAGCGAAUGACGG